CCAUUCGAGGCUUGUGUGUCGCUUUGUUCUGAUGUCACUAUUCUGCUUCGCGUAACUUCGGCGGUCUCCUCUGUCAUGGAGCUGAAAUUUCUGAUCUUGGUGCUCGCCCUUCUCGCCGUUUACACCACGAAAUUCUCCGCUGACGCAGCCCCAGACUACUGUAACAAUAGUACGCAGGGUGUUUCGGCCACUUCACGACUUAGGAAAAAUUUGCUCUGCAACUACGAUCGCACUGUUCGUGCCAGAUUUUAUGAUGACAGAACCAGAGUCUCUCUCUCUCUGUUCCCAAAAUUCAUCAAUUUCGACGAAGAUUCAAAUACUAUGAUAUUUCACGCUUGGUUGGGAAUGUCAUGGCCAAGCCCAAAUCUGAUGUGGCGCGGUAACAACCCACGCCUACUUCACGUUACGAGCGACGAAAUUUGGGUCCCACCAAUAGCUCAUUACAACUCUGCGGGAGGGAGUAGGAGCCCCAAUGGAAUACCGAAAACUGACUGUUUUCUGAGUAACUAUGGGUACAUAGGCUGCGUAGCAGAUUUGAAGUACGUUUCUAAUUGCGUCACGGAUUACCGGAACUGGCCCUUCGACAGGCACAACUGUACAAUUGUUCUUGCUUCGUGGACUUACAAAGAGGAGGAAAUAAAGUACUUGGCUAUUGAUCACAAGCAUCACUUUCCGGCUAUAGGCAUGUUCGAUUUCACACCCAACGCCCAGUGGAAGAUGCUGUCGUUUCAGUACACUCAGAGGGAGGACGGAAUCGCUGAGGGGUACACAUUUCCAACGAUCAUAUACACCGUCGUUAUUGAACGGAACUCAGCCUCCAUGGGAACCGCCAUUUUCGCUCCUGUAAUUCUGUUGGUCAUCCUGACGUUAACGGUGCUCUGGCUGGACCCAAUUUCCGUUGAGCGAUCGGUAGUGUCAGUCCUCAACUUGAUUUGCAAUUUAAUCUGUGUCAUGAACUUGAACGAGCAGGUCCCAUUCAACGGUUCGACGACACCCUCCAUAUUGGUAUUUCAUCAGGGUUCCAUAGUUAUUGCCAACGUUGCUCUACUCCUCACGAUUCUUCUGCGCCAAAUGAAGAAAACGUCGGUUUCCCCUCCUGACUGGUUGACACUGGCUAUCGCUUCAAUCCUGGCGAGCAGGGCUGGCCAAUUGAUCGUACUGACAACUUUGGACCCGAAAGCUGUUGCCACUGUCAGAGCAGGCGAAGAUAAUAUUGGAUUGGCGACCUCGAAUGAUUCUUCGAUUAAAAUUGAGACCGGCAAUAAAGUAUGGCGGCAUUUAGCCGUUCUAUUAGACCGACUGGCUUUUGCCACUGUCUUACUUACAUAUCUCAUUAUGAUAACUGUUCUCAUACCUAGGAACGACGUUUUCGAGGUACCCGAUGUACCUUCACUUUAUUUCAUGCCUUACUGUAAUAUGGUGUCCCAGCUUCAGAUUCAUAGACAUAAGCGCUGUUUGGCGUUACCGAUGAAGUCACGCUGGUCUGCCAUGCAUACAAAACUGCUAGUCUUGGGGCUCACCCUCUUUGCGAUUUCCACCACAAACUUCUCCGUUGACGCAGCUCUGGACUGUGAUAACAAAGUGGACAAUGCCCAGGUCACUUUGCGCCUCCGACAAGACUUGUUCUGCAAUUACGAUCCCGUAAUUCGUCCGAUAUACAUGGAUGGAUUGAAAUCGCUGGUGUUAAUCAGUUUACAUCCAAGAUACAUCGAUUUUGAUGACAGCACAAAUACCUUCACGCUGCAGGCUUGGUUGGAAUUGUAUUGGUGGGAUGACAAUCUGGCAUGGUAUUCGAAACCUUAUGCCAGUGACGUGACUGCACUGAAGGUUUCUAGCGAUGAAAUUUGGAAGCCGCCGAUAAGUCUCUACAAUUCUGCAGACGUUGGCUAUAACAGAGAGAACAUAAUACCAAAAACUAGGUGUAUUCUCAAUUUAUUUGGGCAUAUGGUCUGUCGACCGUUGGUGAAGUUCGUCUCACAUUGCGCUUCGGACUACCGAUACUGGCCGUUUGACAGGCAUAAUUGUACAAUGUUUGUUGGUUCUUGGAUCUACAAAGAGAAGGACAUCCGGAUCAUUCAAGGUCUGGAUCAGAACUUCAACUUGACGGAAUCGACAUUCUAUGAUUUCAUACCUAACAACGAGUGGAAGAUGCUGUCCAUUGACAAUGCUUUGAGAGUGGACGGGUUUCCAAAGUUCAAUUACACGUUUCCAACGAUAGUGUACAGCGUAAUAAUUGAACGACACUCAACCUUUAUGCAGACCACAAUCCUUGCCCCUGCAGUUCUGCUGAUCAUCAUGACACUGACUGUGCUCUGGUUAGAUCCAGAUGCCAUUGAACGCUUGGUACUGGCUAUCCUCAACUUGAUCUGUCAUUUGAUCUGCGUUAUGGACGUGAAUUGGAAAGUGCCUAGCAACGGUUUGACGACACCCUUGAUAUUGGUAUUCCAUCACAGUUCCAUGGUUAUCGCCAGUUUCGCCCUUUUCAUGACGGUCGCCUUGCGUCAGUUGAAGGAAUUCUCGAUAACCGCCCCUGAUUGGGUGGUAUCCAUAUCUUCUACAAUGACCAAAAUUGGCUGGUCCUUCCCGAUGACAAGUUUGAACCCGGAAGCUGCCGCACCACUCGAAACAGAGGAAAACGGUGUCGGAUCGGAGACCUCGAAUGGAUCCUCGGUUAAAUUUGAUUCCAAAAGCUCUGACGCAUGGCGAUAUCUAGCCACCUUACUGAAUCGACUGGCGUUUGCCUUCGUGCUUUUAGCGUAUAUAAUCAUGAUACUUGUCCUCGUACCCAAGGACGACAUUAACGGGGUCCCCGAUGCUCUCCCUCGCUUGAAAAACUUUCCACUCUAGUAACUACGUCUUUGAGUAGAAUUAGUAUAAUUACAAACAACAAACCUAUGAAAAAUUUCUUCAUUUAGUUCUGUAUAUACAAGAAAGUUAGACGGAUGCCUUUUUGCAUGUCUACUUUUGGGAAUCACGUUAUAAUAAUGGAUAAUAAAUAUUUGACCUGAAUCAAUAAA